UUGAAGUCAUGCCCCCGAAGGCGACUUUGGGAAGGCUGUCAGUCGGUACUAAACGUUCGCAGCGUCCGUACCCCGGCGGAUGACCGCUCGCGACGCACUCGGCCGCCGCUCUCUGCAACACAACUACAACCAACUGUGAUCGACGUCGUUAAAAACUUUUACUUUGUUUUCAAACUUUUAAUGUUGAGUGACUUCAGUUGUAGUGGACUCGUAAAACAAACUUUGAAGACUUAAAGAGUGCAUUUCGUGUUGUGGGAAUUAAUCGCAAUAAUAGCGGCAACAGCGACGAGACUUGUCGGGGGUGUUUACAGCGAGCACGUGGCGCCGCGCCGCCCGCGCCCCGCGCCCGCCCCCGCCAUGGCCGCGCGAACUUAGUUCCGAAACAAGCGGAGCCCGCGGCCAUGUCCUCGCCGCGUCCACUCCACUAGCCACAUGUCCGCCUCCGGGGAGCGACGCAUUUUUUAUUUUUUUUUCGUUGGAAAGCACGGUCCGCUUCACUGGAUCAAUGAUUUAAAUGGCUAACAGCAACGCCGUGUCGUCCACUCUGCCGUCGAGCUACCACUGCAAGAUCUGCGAGCUGUCGCUGGACACGGUGGAGUCGCUGGAGGUGCACCUGCAGUACCACAAGGAGAACCUGUACGUGAAGUGGGGCUCGGGGGGCGGCGGCGGGGGGGGAGCGGGGGGGCAGCAUGACGCCGACAACAACAACAGCGCCAAGCUGAAGAGCGAGAGCACCGUGUCGGCGCCGGCCGACUCCAGCGACGCCAUGAUCACCAAGCCCAGCCCCGAGUUCCAGCGCGCCACGCCGGAGACGUCCUCGUUCCCGCACCCGGCCACGCCGCAGAGCUACCACAGCGCGCCCUCGCCCUACCAGAACCCGGACCAGACCACGUUCUCGCCCGGCCCGCAGUUCCCGGGGCAGUUCCCACACGGCUUCCCGCCCGCCCACGAGCAGCUGUGGGAGCAGCAGCAGCAGCAGUACCCGGACUACCACAAGGCGGGCCGCUUCCACCCGUACGCCGAGCGCGCGCAGGUCAGCUCCUCGUCGCCGCUGUACCCGCCGCCGCUGAGCCAGCCCACGCCGUCGCCCUCGCCCAACCAGUGCGACAAGUGCGGCUUCGUGUGCGACUCCGCGCUGCAGCUCAGCGAGCACUGCAGCUCCGCGCACGCGCCGCACUUCCAGCAGUUCCCGCCCAAGAACUACUCCUCGCCCUUCAACAACGACGCGCCAAAGAUCAAGGAGGAGCACGAGGAGUCCUCCGACAUUCUCGACCUCGACUCGCAGAAGGUGGUGUACCAGGGCAACGAGGGCGACCCGCCGGCCGCGCCCUACGACCAGCCGGCGCCCGGCCGCGAGGUCAACUCGCGCACCGUGCCCAUGAUGCCCUGGGAGGCGCAGAAGCUCUACUCCAACCCGCAGAUGAACGGCGACGUGUCGCUCUUCAAGGACCAGAAGCUGUUCUCCGAACAGAAGAACUUCCACUCCGAACAGAAGUUCUCGUACGGGAAUGAGAAAUUCCUCUCCGUUCACCACGAGCAGAAGCCGUUCAUGCACGGCGACCAGAAGCUGUACCCGGUGCAGAUGGCGCCGCUGAGCGACUACGCGGGCGGCGCGGCCGACAUGAAGCCGCCCUACCGGCCCUACGACUCGCCCACGGCACCGCAGAUCACCAGCACGCAGCCCGCCAACUCCACCUCCACGGCGCUGCCGCCCAUCGGGGGCAAGGGCGCCAACUGGAAGUCCAACGAGGCGCGCCGGCCCAAGACCUACAACUGCACCGCCUGUAACAAGUGGUUCACGAGCUCCGGCCACCUGAAGCGGCACUACAACACGACGCUGCACAAGAACGCGGUGCGGUCGUCGGGGCAGCCGGACCCGGCCAGCAUGCCCAUCAGCAGCCACCACCACCCGGCGCGCGAGGCGCUGUCCCGCGCGCCGCCCCCGGACUCCAACACGCAGUCCCCCGCGCCCCCCGACGACCCCCGCGACGACGCGCCGCCCUACGCCGCGCAGACCUUCGACCGCUCGCACCGCGCCGCCGCCGCCGCCGCCAUGCACGCCAAGUCGCCGUACUCACAUCUACAACAGGGUAAUAUAGAUAAUAAUUUUAUGAGUAAUAAUCCGUUAGCUAACCACCCUUUACCGCAUCAAGUGGGCUCGCACCCGCUAAAUAUAGGUAGUCAACCGCCCGGCAUAGGCAAUUUGAACGAUAGCAAUCAGAGUUCGAAGGGCGCGGCAAUCACAUCGAGCGGGAAUCCCCCAAACGGGGAAGCAGGUCCCUCUGUUACACAAAACCAUCAUUUGAGGGGCCUGCUAUCAGUGUCAACCAGCAAUAUUACCAGUCCGGCGUUAGCGCAGAGUACGCCGAUGCUUGCGGCGCACACGCUGCCGCCGUUCAGUCACUUGGCGGCCAACCCGUACAGUCCGAGGUCUACGGAGCCUUUGGCACCUUCGCACACGGACCACACGCACACCCCGCUAUAUUUGGGUCAGAAUUUUCAGCAGACUAUAGCUCAGAACUACCCAAACGGGAUGGCCCCCCACGUUAUGGAUAUGGCUAUCAGCAACCUGCAUAUAGCCAAUCCGGCUACUUUUGGUGAAUCGAUGCCGGAAGAAGUCGUAAUGGAAUGUGAGACGUCGAGCGACUCGUCCGGCAGCCGCCUGCCGAGCUUCUCUCAGCUGCAGGCGCAGCGCUUCGGCGUCUACGUUCCCAACUACCUACCAUCGCCUAACGUGGGGGGGCCCAGCGAGGAGCUGGCGCAGGGCUACAUCAUCAUCGACCCCGCCAGCGCCUCUGUGCAGUACAACAAUGACCUGCAGCCGAAGGUCGACUUCGAGUACGACUUCGCCCCCAAGCAGAUCAAAGAGGAGGUCUCGUACGACACGGACAUGAUCAAGGUGUACCGCGACGGCGGCGUGGUGGCGUGCUACGCGCCCGAGGAGCUGCCGCGCGCCGACUCCUCCGCCUACAAGAUCCUCAAGAUAGAGAACAUCAUGGACUAUGCGAAUAAAGAGAACUACGAGAGCGAGAUGCAGUCGCCGGCGAGCCCGGAGAGCGCGAAGGAGGCAAAGGACGGGUACGAGGGGGGCGCGGGGGGCUCGCCCUCCAUCUCGUCCACGGUGCCCGCGCCGCUCGCGGAGAGCAACCACAUCGCGGCCGCCGCGGCGCUGCUGCACAAGUGCUUCGAGUGUGACAAGAUGUUCACGAAGGCGUGCUACCUCACGCAGCACAACAAGACGUUCCACUCGGGCGCCAAGCCGUUCAAGUGCGACCGCUGCGGCAAGCGCUUCUCCGACGACGCCUCCUACGAGGAACACUUCUCGAAGCACGCGGAGAAUAAGCCGUUCAAGUGCCUGCAGUGCCCCAAGUCCUUCAACCACAAGACGGACCUGCGGCGGCACAUGUGCCUGCACUCGGGCACCAAGCCCUUCGCCUGCCACCACUGCGGCAAGGGCUUCAUCCGUAAAGACCACAUGCUGAAGCACUGCGAGACCCAUCGCAAGAAGAACGUCCGGCCGGCCGCCUCGUGAACUGACGCGGCAGACCUCUGUCGAGUAGGAUCGUAAGUUCCGCACAUAUCAUUUGCAAUAACAAUACGCGAGAUGCGCGUGGCUGAGUGACCUCGACGGCGCUGCAGUGCGCUGCGCAGACGCAUAUAUAUAUAUCUAUAUAUUUAUUUUUUCGCCCACUCGCGAGUCGCGGCGGUUUUUUUGUUCCUCGAGUCUAACCUUGCUUUCGGCGCAAGGUGACUGUGCCCGGCUGUUAGGCGCUAAACAUAUAAUUACAAGACGCUCAACAAACAUUCCACGAUAUUUCAUAUCAAACGAACCGUAUACAUUAUAUGUAUAUGAGUCAUAUAUCAUUUUACAUAUUCGGAGAAUUAGUAAUUGAGUGCAGUCAAGACGUGAACCACUCGUUAUCAAUAAUAACAUGACAUAUCUUACUUUAGUUAUAAAUAUGGACCAUAUAUUUUAUUAUAUUUCAGUUGAUUUGAACGUCUAAUUCUGUUAGCGUUAAUUACUACGAGAUAGUAUUCUAUAUACUAGCGAGAUGUUUGUAAAUAUUGAUGCUGGGACUUGAAUGCCAGAUAUUUGAUUUAAGUAUACUGAAGUAUUUUAGGUUGAAAGAUGAGUUGUGACAAGUUGAUAUCAACUUUAUGCGAAUAAGCAUUGGUACAAAUUAGAGCUAAAAGCCAAUUUAUACAAGUAAAUUAUAUAUAAUAUGUAAUAAUAACGGAACAAAAUAUGAACUUGAACGUACAAAAUGUCUCGACAAAAGUACAAUUUUAUUGAAAUCUACAGAAUAAUUAAUUUAUAUAUACUUACCUAUAGUCUAGGUAGUACGUGAAGUAAGGGAGCCUGUAGACAUAGACAAACUUAAAUUAUAAAGAAGUUUAUUGUCUUGCCAUUGAGUAACCGUCGUCGGUCCAGUGAAUAGACCGACACGAGGAAACGUCGUACUUUUUAUCGUUUUAUUUUAUACCCGUUGUUUCAACGCUUGAAAUCUUAUUAAUAAUAUUAUAUAUUGAUAAUAAUUUCCCGGUGCUUCCCAAUAUAUUUUUAUCUGUUAACAUUUAAUAUAAGGUAGUUGACUUGAUUGUUUUACCGAAGUUUUCGUACUUUUCGUAGUUAUUUUAUCCAAGAAUGAGUUACCAGUGCGUUGUGUGAAUAAUUUUAGUUAUUAUUAUUAUGUAUGAACAUUCCUGUUUCGUUUUUGUUAGUACUUGUAGGAUGUCGUCUUCCUGAACGUUGCCAAAUUAGUGCCGCCAUAACACUGCGAUCGACUUACUUAGUUGUAAUGAUUAUUUUUUCUAGACUAAAUAUAAAAUUAAAUAAUAAUGAAAUUUUCUAGCAAUAAUUUAAAAUAAUAAUGUAAAUGUUUUUGUAUAGUAUUAAUAAAAUGUCCCAAGAGUCAAAUGUUAGAAGUCAUGGAUUUGUAUAUAACAAAGAGGGAGUAUUGUUUCAGAGGAAGAGAGAGACGGGUUGAGGACGCGGCUCGUAUUCGAGUGUUCCUCCUGUUAUUUAACUUCGCCUUUGCCAAUCUGAACUCUUUGACUUUCAGUAAAUAAAACCCGUGGACAUCGCUGUCUAAUAGUAAGGUCUUAAAAAACGACAAAAGAUCUAGUUAGUUCCCAAAACAUACUGUCUACUAGUCUUCAGUGUUCAUGGAACAACCAUCUCCCUCACUCGUUCCUACAAAGAGCAGGACGGACGAACACUCCCAUACGACCCGCGUCUCAAAGACAUUACCAUUUUUGUUAACACUGCUUGGUUGAAUAAUGAUAACGUACAGUGCAAUAUCAAACAUGAAAUCGACUUAAUUUUUGAUAAAGUUUGUAUUCUAAUGUUAAUCACAUGCAGAAGUAUUUUUAUAUAUACAAUUACAAUCGCAUCUACCUCAUCAGUGUGACUUUAAAAUGUAAUCAUAUCUAAAUAUAUAUCAUAUUGUAUUAUACACAUAUCUGUAUUAUAUAUCAGAUCGUUCAAGAAUAAUAUUUGUAACAAUUAACAGCCAACAGCAAAGGCCUACCUCCUAGCUACGAAUUAAUUAUAUACAAACUAAUAAUACAAGACAGUUUACAGAAAAUUUAUAUUCAAUAUUUAAUGUUUAAAGCAGAACUAAAUGAUAAUAUGUAUCUAUAUGUUAUAUUGUUGAGAAACUUUGUAUAACAGAAGUAUUUUCUUGAUAGCAAUAAUAAUUAAACAGUUACAUAUAAUAUUAUGGAAAUUGACUACCUCAAGUUAUGUGUUAGAUUAGAGUAUUGAGCGGGGUCUUUCUCAUGUCCGCUCGUCAUACGCAAUUCGAUAUACCUCAACUUGCCUUGUAAAUGAUCAGUUCCAGAGUAUAGUAUUAGCGUAGCAAUAUACCCGUCGUGGGGCGAAAAGCUCCACAACUGAAUGUCAAAGCUAUCUCGAUAAGCACCGUAGCUAAACAAUACACUCAAUUGUAAAUAUGAAACCUUCAAAGAAUCCGUUAUUUAUACUGUUUUUUUGAAUCAAUAGACAAUUUGGAAUAAGUAAUGUAGGUAUUUCAAGUUAACGCCAUAGUAUGUAAGAGUUUAAUGUUCUAAGUUCUUUUGUGAUAAUUCUGUUUGUGUAUUAUUAAGUGUAUUUAAAACUAAUUAGUUACCAGAUUUUUCUGUUAAGAAUUGAUUUUUAACGAGUAAAGUACGAAGAGUUACAUGUGAUAGGUGUAGUUUUCUUUAAUAUCGUUCCCUCUCCAGUGAGUAUUUUUUGCGAAGUUUUUAUUUUUGAGGCAAUGUUUCGAAGAGUGCCUGUGUACGCACCAGCUCACAUAGACAACUGAAAGCAAUAUUACCAACAUCACACACCUUUUGAACCUUGCCUAUUUAUGACUAGAUUAGAUUAUAAGUUUUAGUGGUAUUCUAUUGAAUAAGGCGAAACUGUGUGAGCUAAGGCGAAAUAUCCGCUGUGCGAGGGCAAAAUCAUGUUUUUGUUAUUUUAAACUGUGUAAAAAUCUCCUCAAAUUUGCGUUUCUAUGUGCACUCACGUUAUUCAAACGUUAGUGUGGAGAUCGGAUCUAGAUUAUCAAAUUUUUCGUUGAAAAAACAAAACAUGAUUGAGCCUAUCUGAGUCCUUGCGAUUGUUACCUUUGUGUUAAGCUUGCGUUGUACCUGGGACACUCUGUUAAAAAAAUACCACGAUGGCGUAUCUGAGUUUUUCUGGUUUCAGGUUGAAAUAUUUACCAAGAUAUUACCACGCACCACUACCUACCACUAGUGAAAGUAUUUCGAAACAUUUUGCAGUUAUUAAUCUCACAAAAUAGUAGAAUCUGUUGAUAUGCCAUUGUGAGUCAUUGAUUAGCAGAAUACAGGCCGUUUAGGUCAUCAAGGACAUAGGUAAGACAUAGACUUUAGGCUAAUGAACGAUGUAGAUGAAUGUUCCAAAAGGUUUUACGAUUAUCCAAUAAAUUUCAUGUGAGAA